CAUUAAUCUGUGUUCCAUUGUUACGAUUCGACCUUUUCUGCACAAUUUCUCUCAUCUAACCGAGCUUAUUUCUCUGUGAUCGAGAAAAGAUCAGCAAUUUUACUUUCCGAGCUUAAGCUUGAACUUGAACACCAAUGUCUAGUCUUGGGAACCAAUCGGAGAAGAACAGCAAUAACAAAUUUUCCGAUAAUGUUCCACUAGCUCAACACGAGAUUUGGAAAGAGAAAUAUGAGAGUUUGGUGACAGAGCACGAGAAUCUGGUGAAAGAACAUGAAACCCUAAUCAAAACACUCGAGCUUAUAGAGAAGCACGAAAUCACAUUAGAGGAUUUAGUGAAGAAGAAGCAGCGAGAAGCAUUGGUUGGGAAAGAAGAGAUUGAAAAGUUUGACAAGGAGAUUGGUGAAAGGAAGAAGAUGCAAGAGAUGCUUGAUAAGGAUCUUGAAUACUUAAAGUCUUGUGAAGAAACUGUGAUGAAUGGUAUGAGUUCAGGACCAAGUGGUGCAAGAGUUGCAGACAAACGUAAUGUGAACAAGUUUGAAUCACAAGAGGAUGUGAUAGAGAUUAGUGACGACGAUGAAAGAACCCAAAGUGAAAGCAAUGUAGGAAACUGUAACUCAUCACAUAAGAAUUUAGAGUACUCCUUCAUAUUGUGAUCAAGAUGUGGAGAUGGAGAAGCACAAUGUCAGAUGUGGUGGUGAAACUGGAAGUUUCAAAAUCUUUGGAAGUUAGUAGAAGUAGAUGACUAUGAGUCUCUCUGAUGGACUAGGAGGGUUGAUAAGAUAUGAAAGUUUGUAGUGUAACUGUGUAAUAAGUGAUUUAGCCCAACACAAAGUUGUAAGAGAAGCAGCUUGCAUCAUUAAUCUACUUUCAGAUUGUUCUAUAUAGUAACAACUAAACAAAAAUUGAAAUAAC